AUGUGCUCCCGCAGCUCCUGCCACGACUACGAGUCCUCCUGCCACGAGUCCCGCUCCUCCUGCCACGGCUCCAGCUCCUCCUGCCACGGCUCCAGCUCCUGCCACUCUGGGUCCUCCUCCUGCCACUACACCAUCCAGAGGCAGCCCGUGCAGAAGUUCAGCUACUGCUGCCCACCCGUGCAGUAUUACUGCCCCCCUGUGCAGCGUUACUGCCCCCCUGUGCAGCGUUAUUGCCCCCCAGUGCAGCCCUGCUGCCCACCAGUGCAGCGUUACUGCCCCCCGGUCUGCCCCCAGGUCACCAAGAACAUCUGCAAGCUGCCCACGUACCCCAAGUACUGA